AUGCUUGCUCUGCCCUACACGCUCUCCGCCUCUUUCUUCCUCCCCAGUCUCGCCACCUAUGUCGGCUUUCCCCAGAAGAGUUCUUCACACUCAGUCCUAAGCCAGCUCUCCACGUCAUCUCAAGGUUUACCAACCAGCACCACCCUUCCAGAACUUUUCCCUUCUCCCCCCCAACUUGGCGCUCCGCCUCUCGGCGUAAUCUGCCAGACACAACGCGAACCCGCGCACCUUCUCGACGGAGAUUACAUCAACGACGUGCAGAUCGAAGCCGGAGACGCGUACCAGCGCUGGGUACAGUCACUUGGCACACGCGACGGCGGGCCAGACUCCAUACCGUGGCCUCGCGCCUUCGACCCUCAGUCAAUGAUGGGCACUGAUGGCCACGGGAAGCAGUACACGGUCGUUACGCCAGGAGACUGUAAAUGGAGCGGGUUACUACUGUUUAUGCCGAUAUCGUACCCAGGGACUGCUGCGCCACGGGUGACUGAUGUGGUUGAUUUCGAGCCGUACGGGACUGUGACGACUGAUAUACUGGUUUUCCAGACGAGGGGGCCGGGGUAUAUGGAUGCUGUUGGGACGAGGUGGAAGACUUCGUAUUGUGCUAUCUUGACGAAUUCGGACGCUGGGGAGGGGAGGGAGUUGUAUGCGAAUGGGAGGGUUAACGCAAGGGUGGGUGGAUAUCAUCAGUGCGACGAUGCUGAGGUGCGAUGA